GUCUGAGCGUGGGCGCGGGCGUGGUGUGGUUCGUGUCCGUGGUCUCCGAGGAGUACGGCGCGGCGUACGGACGCCGUACCAGCUGGUCCUCCCUCUAUGCCUACCGCUACGGCUGGGCGCUGCUGGGGGCGGGCGGGGGCGGCGUGUGCGCCCCUCCGGGCCGCUCUUCUCACGGGCCACGCUUAUCGGGCCCCCGCCAUGGUCCCUCAUGGGUGUGGGCGGCCCGGGGAGGCUCGGGCAUUCUCGGGCGCAGCGUCAGCGGACCGGGAGUCCCUGGCGCGGCCGCUGCUCCGCUCCCCGCAGCGAAGGUUGUCUCGGCAGCGCUCUUUUCACAUCCGACACCAUCAGGACGUACCUCACUUGCGACUCCGCGCCGCCACCUCCCCAAAAAACCUAUCCGCGCCUCCCCCGUCCGGCGCUGCGCCCUCCGCCCCACGCGGCCUCCGUCCCUCCCGCACUCCACCUCCAUCGUGGACCUGACGGGCCGCCACAGCAACUUCGAGCCGCCGCCCCCGCCACCCCGCCCGCGGUGCGCCACACGUCCCCCGAGGACACGUCGCGCGACAGCAGCAUCCAUCACAGGGGCGCCGACUCCCUGCGACCGUCUCGCAGUUUUCCUCGCGCGCCACCAUCCUAGGUGA